AUGUCUACUGCCUCACUCAAUUCCUGCCCUCAGCUUCCAAUUAGCCUUCUGCUAAAAGUCUGCUUGCGUCCCAACCCCCCAAAGAUCGUGUUUUAUGCACUUGUGGAAGCCUGCCAGGACGCAUGGGAUGAGCAGAGUGAGUCUGGCACAACAAGCCUUGCUUUAAGCGGUAUUGUGUACAGCGACUUGCUCCGGGCUGCUGUACAGCUUGAGGAAUUUGAAAUUUUCAAGGAGGUUGCCAAAAAAAGGAGCAUGAAGGACACUGCACCGGUGGCAUUUUUCACCUGGCUGCGGGAAUGGGUGGGUUAUGAUGACAAUGAGGCUGCAUUGCGGUUCAAGAGGAUCCGCGUGGGUUUGCGGUAUUGUCUUCCCUCUUGUUUUGAUGAUCUUUUCGCGGCAAUCGAGGCGUUUGUACCUCUGGAGGGCAGUGGCAGCAGCUGUCCUACUAUCGCUCAAUUUGCUCAAAGCGAACUCUGCUCCCGAGCCCAACAGGCUGAACCCAGCCAUCUGAGCAAAUCAGAUGGUAGGGCGCUGGUCAAAAGUGCGAGAUACUUUGGGAAUACCGGAUUUUUUAUCUCAGAGGACAUGCUAAUCAUCAGCGGCAGCGUUGUCAAAAUUCUUUCUCUAUGCUACGAUGACCCGGAGGUAAUUUUUGGGUUCGUGUUUCAGAUUCAACAAGAUGGGAUCAAGGGCAUUCCUCAGGAAGAAGCUGCCCUAAUCUCACAUUCCGUGGCUGCUGAUUUACUCAAGAAUGCAAAGCCGGGAGAAUGGCGACCCAGGCCGGUUAUUGAGUCCCUGUUUACGAAGGGAUCCCCGGAGGAACGAAGUGCAGUUAAGAGUGAGGACAUCGCUGAAUUCCUGUCCAUUUUCCUCGAGGCCAAUCCGGAAGAUGAUGGAUUGGUCUGGGAAUUUUUGUCAAGUCUCAUUCAAACACUUCCUGACCUAAAUUUGCGGCAACUCACCAGCCUAUGGAUACCGUUUCUUUCAGCUCUCACCAAUAUCCUUGCGUCCAACAGCAUCCCAUUCACUGACCCAGUUUACCAAAAACUCUAUUUGACUUUUAUUACCAAACUCGUGGACAAUUUUGUUGGCCAUGAGCCACCCGAAAUCAGCGGCAAUGUGAGAGCUACGAAAUCAGCUCAUAAGAACACCAAGGCCCGGAAACAGUGGUAUGAAAGAAGAGUUGAGGCAGUGGCAUUAUUGAAAACUUUCGACCAGAGCCACCUCAAGUCGCUCCUUGGAUCAAAGUAUGAUAAGCUCUUCAGAAUGCAACAUUUGACAGUGGCCAAGCCUCCGCCUCUUCAAAGGCCGCUCAAACACUUGGCAGGUGCCGCCAAUCAAACCUCUGCAGGUCCGAGAAGGGGCGCAAAGCGGAAGGCAAAGCAAAUGAAUUGA